AUGAUCCACUCGGACUGCCACAACAAGCUUCAUCUUGUUGAUUUUAUUGUUUCAACAAAUUCAUCAUCCACUUUUAAUGAAACAAAUCAUCAUCAGACAAUGAUGAACUUUGAUCUUUUCGAAAAAUUAAAACAAACAAUGAGAAAUGGAAAAAAGCGAAUAUUAAAGCCUUUCAAAAUGAAGUUUGAACUGGUUCAUACACUCGGAAAAGUUUGCGAAAGUGGUAGCGAUCCCGAUUUAUUUAGCCACCCUUUUGACGUGAAGAUCUCCUAUAAUUUUGAAAGUAUAUUGAUCAGUGAUAGUAACAAUUCGAGAAUUCAAGUGUUUGACAUGCACACAAAACAAUUUAAAAAAUCAAUUAAUACCGCAAGCAAAAAUCCAAUGUAUUUAUGUAUUGAAGAGAACUGUGAUGGUUCCAAUAAUGAUGCUCUAAUUUUUGGAUGUUGUUCAGAUAGCACAGUAAACAAAUUCGACCUUGGAAAAGAGUUGGCAUUCGUUCAACAAGACAAAUCAUGUUCACCUCCUUAUCUUUGGAUUUCAACUGCUGUACUGAGUAAUCAAGGGAUUACUUGUUCAAACAAAUCAGGUCAUGUAUUUGUAUGUGAUGUGGGAGAUUGCUCAGUUAAGAUUUUAGCAUCAAGCUCUGGAGAGUUGACACAAACCAUCAAGCUUUCUCUUCAACCAUAUGGGAUUGAAUUUGCAAAUUUUUAUGGCGAUGACUAUUUGAUAAUAAGCGAGUCAAGUACUCUUAAAGAUGGAAAAGAUCAAUGCCAAAUUUUCAGGUUGAAAAGCACUACUUCAAGUUUUGAAUACGAUCUUGUGACAACGUUUGGACGAGGAGGAAAUGAGCUUGGGGACUAUCGAAAUCAUAGAAUCCAAAUAUUUUCAAAAGAGGGAACUUUUGUUGCCUGUUUAACUGAUUUUGGACGCGAUAGAAUUUGUUAUCCUAAUGGUCUUUGCUUGAACGGCGUUCUUGGUGAGUUAAUUUCUUGUGAUUGGGCAAAUCAUGUAGUUCAAUUUUUCAAUUGA